CCAACAAAAACCCAAUCCUGACCUUUGCAGCCCUGUCUCCUUUGGAAUCGUUAUAUUCUGCUUCCUUCUGAAACUGCGAACGAACCGUUGCCAGGUAGGCAGCGACCGACGGCCAGGCGUUCCAAGACACGCCCCCGCUAGCGUGCCUCCGCUCCAGUAAAGGUUGCUGCAAUCUCCGGGACUCGACGCCGCUGCCAGCUCUCUUGGUUUAGGGCCCGAGGACUUGGCGCCUUUUCUUUCCUUCCCUGCAGUUCACUCGCGAGGGUGCCUCCGCCUCAUGUUCCGCCAGGCUAUGCUGGGUCACCUGUCGUCCCGAAUGCUGCCUCUCGUGGCUGCUGUGGUGCUCCAGAAGAAGGAGAGGAAAGAGACUGGCCUCUAUCACUGGCGGCGUGAGAAGCACCCUUACUACAACCUUACAGUCAAAAUUCUUAAAGCCAGAAACAUUAAAGGAACAGAUCUAUUUUCCAAGGCAGAUUGUUAUGUGGAGUUGCGUCUGCCAACUGCAUCACCAAUUGUAUACCGAACUCAGGUUAUUGACAACUCCAGUGACCCAGAGUGGAAUGAAACUUUCCAGUAUAGAAUUAACAGUGCUGUCAAGAACACUCUUGAGUUGACACUCUUUGAUGAAGAUGUUCUUGUUAGUGAUGAACUUACUUCUGUUGUCUUUGAUGUGACGGGAAUUAAGCCAGGCCGUCCUGUGAAAAACACUUUUAAAUUAAAAGAGGACAAGGAAGAACUUGAUGUAGUGUUUUUGCUAGAGAAAAGUUCGGAUACUCCUACUGAAGUUGUUACAAAUGGAGUCCUUGUGGCUCAUCCAUGCCUUAGUCUGGAAGGAGUAAUUAACAAAGAUGAAAAGUUCAAGCUGACAGAACAUGGCACCAACCAAUUCAAGCUUUCACUUCCAGGAUCAUAUGAGAAGCAGCUGAACAUCCCAUGCAAACUAGACUCUGAUAAGAAUUGUGCGAUUCCAUUUGUCUUUCACAUUGGUAAAGAUGUCUGUUCAGAACUGGGUGUGGAGGUGGAACAAACCAUUACAGUCCUUCAGGAUGGAGUGAGUCCUGACUUUGAAAAGCACAGCACGGUUCUUGGAACAGGGAUUGUUCCGUUUCAUUCACUUCCCUUGGGAAAGCACGUUGAAAUGACUGUUCCAUUAGGAAAAGAACAAAGUAUGAAAAUACGUGUGAAAGCCGAACAAAUCAAAAGAAAUCUUGAUGUUCGUCUUGGUUUUGAUCUUUGUCAAGAAGAGUGGCAAUUUUUGGACAAGAGGAAGAAAAUAGUUUCUCAGGCACUAAGUAAUGCACUCAAACUGGGAGAGGACCCCAGCAAAGAUGAGGUUCCUGUGGUAGCAGUCUUAGGAUCCGGUGGAGGGAUGAGAGCACUGACAUCAUUCUAUGGCAGCCUGCUUGGGCUUCAGCAGCUAAAUCUUCUGGAUGCUGUCAUAUACAUCUGCGGAAUUUCUGGCUCUACUUGGUGUUUGUCAGCAUUGUACCAGGACCCUGAAUGGUCAUGCAAAGAUCUCAGAGAGCCAAUCAGUAAUGCCCGGGAUAAAAUAUCCAGCAGUAAAGUUGGAGCCUUUUCCUCAGAGCGUCUGAAGUAUUAUUUCCAGGAACUGAAUACAAUGGAGAAUGAGGGACGCAAAGCUUCUUUCACAGAUCUGUGGGGGCUUAUUAUAGAGUAUUUCCUACUGCAGAAGGAAGACCCAUCAAAGCUGUCUGAUCAGCAGGUAGCUGUGAAAGAGGCGCAAAAUCCAUACCCCAUCUAUGCAGCUGUUAAUGUGAGGCCCAAUGUUAGUGGAGAUGACUUUGCAGAAUGGUGUGAGUUCACUCCAUAUGAAGUUGGAUUUCGCAAGUAUGGUGCUUUUAUCCGAACAGAAGAUUUUGACAGUGAGUUCUUUAUGGGCCGACUGAUUAAGAAACAUCCUGAGCCCAGGAUCUGCUACCUGCUGGGAAUGUGGGGCAGUGCCUUUGCAGCAAGCCUGGACGAUGUCUUUUUGAAGGUGGUUGGUUCAGGAUUGAGCUUUCUAGAAUCUUUGGGUGAUGUUGUCAAAGUUAUAGAUGACAGUAAACGAUUUCAUUUCCGAGAUCCUAUGAGGCUGAAGACUCGUCUGGUUAUACCAGGUGGACCAUUGCUGCAAAUCUUCCAGGAUUUUUUCAAGUCACGAGUUACAGCUGGGGAAACCUUCAAUUUCAUGCAAGGCCUGUUCCUCCACAAGGAUUAUGUCAACCUUAAUAAAUUUGUGGCCUGGAAAGGCACCCAUUUAGAUGCUUUUCCUAAUCAGCUGACUCCAAUGGAAGAGAACCUCUACCUAGUGGAUGGUGGUUUUUCCAUCAAUUCUUCCUUUCCCUUGGUUCUUCAACCAGAACGAGAUGUUGAUGUCAUUCUGUCAUUUAAUUACUCUUGGGAAGCACCUUUUGAGGUCUUACAACUGACACAGAAAUAUUGCAAAGAACGGGAUAUACCAUUUCCAGAAAUUGUCUUGAGCAAAGAAGAUGAGGAGAGUCCUAAAGAGUGUUAUGUAUUUAUCGAUGCUGAGAAUGCAAGAGCCCCCAUAGUCCUUCACUUCCCCCUAGUUAAUGACACAUUCUACAAAUACAAAGCACCAGGAAAAGAACGUGAAUCAGAAGAGGAGAUAGACUUUGGCGAUUUCACAGUUGAAGGAAAAGAUUCAUCAUACCGAACACUAAAUUUCACCUUUGAGCCCCAUGAGUUUGACAGACUGGUAGAAUUGAAUUGCUACAAUGUGCUGAAUAAUAAGGAUGCUAUUUUGGAAGCAUUAAAUUUGGCUUUAAAUAGGCGAAAGUUGAAAAGUGGUAAUAAUAGGAGAUAAGUGCUUCCUUGGGUUGCUUCAUGAACAAUUCAAGUAGAAAUGAUGAGUUUACAAAAUACCUUUUUGUGUGAAUGGAAAUUGAAUCACUAAAUUCCCUUCACAUUGUACUGAAAGCGGAGUUUGCAUACCAAAGAAACACUUUACUCUUUCCUUAUCUAAUUCUGUCUCCAGUUCUCUGCAGCAGAUAUAGGCUCAAAGGGUGAAAUAUACCAGCAGUCAUGCAAUAAUACAAAACCUGUGUUCCAGAAGACAAACAGUGCAAUCCUGAGCAAGCCUACUCAGAAUUCUACGGAAGACUAUUCAGUGGAGCAAAGUAUUUUUAGGAUUACACUGAAAGGCUGCAUGUCCCUUUGGGGAACAAGAUUUCCUCUCUGUAUUGGGAGUCAUUCAGAUGGCUACCAAAAUAUGAGCUCUUGCAGCCAGUAGCUGCUGUGAUGCAUGUGGAUGUCCACUAGAAGCUAUAUGAGGCUGUUUUCACGCAGAGGUUUGCUUGAUUUCCUUUCUGCUGUGCUGUGUUCAGGAGUAUCCUUUAUCCUUUAUGCAGGAGAUCAGUAGCAUAGCUCAUUUGCAUAUGCCCCAGGAUCUGUGUGCAGUGGGGAGAGAAAUCCCCACUGCAUGCAGACCCUGGCUGGAGGUUCAGGAGCUGUGCUUCUGUGAGCUCUUGCUGAAUUCAAGCCCUAAUCCUUAUGAUGUUGUCUAGUUCAUCCCUUUUCUACAUUAUAGCUCUAGAUUUCCUGUGAGCACAUCCAGGAAAUCUAGGGCUAUAUCUAGAGUAAAAUCACCACCACCCCACUGUAUCAUCUUGCUCAUUUUCCUGGUGGCUGCUAUGAUGAUAGUUUUACUCUGUUCCACUAGUCUGCUGGGUUCCCCACAGCUACCUGUGAGCUGGGAUGAGAAUGCAAAGGUUGCAGAUAAGAGAAUGGGCUGUUUACGUUUUCCCUUUGCAUAAAGCCCACAACUCAGGGAAGUUCUGCUAUGCAAACAGCCUUGCCUACUUUCCUGGAACAUGGCAGGGAGGCACAUUGGGGAAUGGUGCUCAGAAGAGUCACAGAUCAAGGAGUCAUGUGUGGUUCCCCAGCCACUAAAUGAAUAUCACUGGACAACAGAUGUGAUUUUAAAAAUUAAAUCUAGGAAUCUAAAAAUUAAAUCUAGUACAUUAUUGCAGUGGAUUGUUGUAUUGUUAUGAUGUUAUAGCACUGUAUCCAUUACUGAUUUUUUGUAAGCUUGAAAAACAUCUUCGGGGUAGAGGGGGAAUGACUGCUAUGGAGGUUUAAGGCAAGGGUAUUGUGGGGGAAAACAUAUGUUUGGAUGCUGCAUUGCAAUGAGAGAUACAUGAAGAAGAUGAUAUUGGAUUUAUACCCCACACUUCACUCCAAAUCUCAGAGUCUCAGAGCGGCUCACAAUCUUCUUUAUCUUCCUCCCCCACAACAGGCACUCUGUGAGGUGGGUGGGGCUGAGAGAACGCUCACAGAAGCUGCCCUUUCAAGGACAACUCUGUGAGAGCUAUGGCUGACCCAAGGCCAUUCCAGCAGCUACAAGUGGAGGAGUGGGGAAUCAAACACUCCCAGAUAAGAGUCUGCGCACUUAACCACUACACCAAACCACUACACCGAUUCCAUGAGGAAGCAGUCCUAUGUAAGUCUGCAGAUAUUGUUUUGUGAGCCAUUCCGUUUUGAUUCUAGGUUAAUAGCAAUGAAUCGGUCCCAGAAUUUGGGUGGAAGGCACAUUUCACAGAAACACUGCUGAAACUAAUCAAGUCUUGCCAUGGAUCUGGUUAGUGCCUAGAUGGAUGAUCUCAUAGGAACUCACUGAAUACCACUGUGGGUUCCAUGAUGAGUGGAAGUUGGGGUAUGAAUGUAAUAAUUGUUAGUUGUAGCACAUUGAAAAAUUAAGUUUCUUUUUAUCAACCAUACAGGUUGUUUUGAGAGUGGUGCCUGUACAAAUGAUCUGGAACUAAAUCUCUGUUGUGUCUGUUCCUCUUCCAACCCUCUGCACAUGCCCCAGCUCAGGAAGACUUGACUGAGACUAUUGACAAACUUAUUUUUUAUUUGUUUUUACUUGUGAUAUUUAUAACUUUGACUUGAGGUAUGUGAAAUCAAAAUAAUGAAUGAAAGAUGUAGUUUCUGUUGCAAUAUGGGAUGUAGUGAACAUCGUUGAAGGAGCCGGCUUUUGAAGAAGAAAUACUGAUGCCACCAAUGAAACUCUGAGUUGAAGACUGAUGAAUGAGUAGUGGUGUUUGUUUAUUUCCUGAAAUGCAAUGACUGUGUGUUGGAAUUACCAGGACAGAGAUCUUGGCAUCCACAGGAAACUGAAAUGGGUGUAGCUUUUCACUGAAUGUUUCUAGAAGAUACUAUAUUUUUAAAAUAAAAUUAUUUUUUCUAGUC